GCCAUGUCGCUGAGCCCCAAGCACACGACGCCCUUCUCGGUCACCGACAUCCUCAGCCCGAUGGAGGAGAGUUACAAGAAGUUCGGCGGCAUGGACGGGGCGGGCGGGCUGGGCGCGCCCCUUGGGCCCUACCGCCAGCCGCCGGUGCCCGCCGCUGCUGCCGCCGUGCCACAGCACGUCGUGGCGGGCCCCACUGGGGCGGCUGCCUACCACAUGCCCCACGGCGUCUCCCAGUUCCCGCACGGCGCCGUCGGGGGCUACUGCAACGGCGGGCUGGGCAACAUGGGUGAGCUGCCCGCCUACCCUGAGGGGAUGCGGAGCGGCACAGCGGCGGGCAGCGGCUGGUAUGGGGCCGGCGGUGACCCUCGCUACUCCAGCAUCUCCAGGUUCAUGGGUCCAUCGGCAGGGAUGAACGUGGCCGGGAUGGGCGGCCUGAGUGGCAUCGCCGAGGGCGCCAAGGCCAUCGUGCCGCUCCACGCGGCCCCGCGGAGGAAGAGGAGGGUGCUCUUCUCCCAGGCGCAGGUCUACGAGCUGGAGCGGCGCUUCAAGCAGCAGAAGUACCUGUCGGCGCCGGAGCGGGAGCACCUGGCCAGCCUGAUCCACCUCACCCCCACCCAGGUGAAGAUCUGGUUCCAGAACCAUCGCUACAAGAUGAAGCGCCAGGCCAAGGACAAGGCGGCCGCCCAGCAGCUGCACCCCGACGGUGGCAGCAGCGGCCUCUGCCAGCAGCACUCACCGCGCCGCGUCGCCGUGCCCGUGCUGGUGAAGGACGGCAAGCCCUGCCCGCCGCCGGGCAGCGGCACCCCGGCCCCUGGGCAGCCCGCUCCCCCGCCCCCCGCCGCCUCCACCGGGGCCCUGCCUGCCGCAGCCCCCGGCGCCCACCCACACCCCGGCUCGCUGGGGCAGGCGGCCGACCUGGAGGAGCUCUCGCCCAGCCCGCCGGCGCUGCACGGCCAGGUGCCCCCUCUGGCCCCCAUGGACUCGGCCGGCGUCGACUACAACAGCGGCAUGGUCAGCCCCAACCUGCUCUACGGCAGGACGUGGUAAUCCGUGUGUAUGUCGUCUCCCCGUCCCGGGCC